AUGAAGAGCCCAGGUUGUAUCAAGGACGUCCAAAGAUUGGCAGGGCGACUGACCUCGUUAUCCCGGUUUCUCGGAGCGUCGGCAACAAAGGCCCUACCCUUCUUUAACCUCAUGAAGAAAGGGAUAGCGUUCGAAUGGACACCGGCAUGCGAGGAAGCCUUUCGGCACUUCAAGGAAAUCCUGGCGGCACCCCCUGUGCUCGGGAAGCCAAAGGACGGGGAGCCAUUAUAUCUAUACCUUGCCAUAACAGGAGAAGCCCUGGCCGCAGUUCUAGUGCGAGAAGAAAGGAGGGCUCAACAACCAGUCUAUUUCGUGAGCAGAGCCCUGCAAGGGGCAGAAUUAAGGUACAGCAAACUAGAAAAGCUAGCUCUAGCACUCUUGACCUCCUCACGGAGGUUAAAGCAAUACUUCCAAGGUCACCAGGUUGUCGUAAGAACGGACCAGGGAAUCCGACAAGUACUCCAAAAACCCAAUUUGGCGGGAAGGAUGAUGACCUGGUCCAUUGAGCUUUCCCAAUACGACAUACGAUACGAACCCCGGCAAGCCAUCAAGGCGCAGGCGAUGGCAGAUUUUCUAGUAGAAGUAACGGGAGAUCCAACCGAAGAAACGAGCACACGGUGGAAGCUCCACGUGGACGGAGCCUCUAACCAGACGUCCAGGGGCGCCGGGAUCAUUCUGGAAAGCCCGGUCGGAGUCGUAUACGAGCAGUCGAUCAGGUUCGAAUUCCCCGUUUCGAACAACCAGGCAGAAUACGAAGCGCUCAUAGGGGGCUUAACCCUAGCAGCGGAAGUCGGAGCAACAAGGCUGGAAAUAUGCAGCGAUUCGCAGGUCGUUACCUCCCAGGUAAACGGGAGUUAUCAGGCCAGAGACUCAUUAUUACAAAAGUACUUGGAAAAAGUCAAGAACUUAAGCCAAAGGUUUGAGGAGGUCACGGUCCACCACGUGCCCAGAGAGAGGAACACACGGGCGGAUCUCCUAUCAAAAUUGGCCAGCACCAAACCGGGAGAAAGCAACCGGUCUCUCAUCCAAGGCAUGACGAGGGAGCCAGUGGUCACCCUGCAUCUGUCAAGGCUGGGCUCUUCAUGGCUAGACCCCAUCACCAACUUCCUAGAAAAUGGCAAACUCCCCGACGAUGAAAAGGAUGCCGCGAAACUGAGAAGGGAAGUAGCCAAAUACGCGGUCAUUCAAGGACAGCUAUUCAAGAAAGGGCUCAACCAGCCCCUACUGAAGUGCUUACACCCCGACCAGACGGACUACGUCCUCAGGGAAGUCCAUGAAGGCUGCUGCGGACACCACAUAGGAGGCAAAGCCUUAGCAAGAAAGUUAAUCCGAGCUGGAUACUACUAG